UGGCCGUCUCGGAAUUAGGCGCAGGUGGGAAGGGCAAUUGGGAAGGCGAAGGGGGGUGGGGCUACCGCGGGGCAAGCACAAAUAAGUGGCAGAGAACAAAAUAAUAUACGCAACAGUGAGGGGCGGAGAAGAGAGGAGAGAAAGGAGAAAGACAGCGGAAGGGAGCGUCCAACAACAGCGACACUGAUGCGGCAGAGUAGUUGUUGACGUUGGCGUGGGAGACGAGGAAUCACCUUCGUUUCUUCCUUCCGGACGUGCAGGCGACGAACGCCAAGGAAGGAAUCCGAACCCAUCCGUGUGAACAGGUUGAAGAAUAAGGAAGGGGAAAAAGAUAGGAAGGAGGGAGAGGGAGGCGGCUGAUCUGCAACCCUUAGGUCCAGUGGUUGUUUACGGUUGCUGUGGACCUGCAGUCGGUGAUGAUUUCUUUGGGCUAGAAAGAUGAUGACGGAUCUGAGUCAAUGAUUAAUUUGUCAACUUUUUCUGGAGUUUGUGCCUCUAAAUCUGAAAACCAUCGUCCUGCAGUUGUCAUUAUAAAUGUGCAGUUAAUAGUUGUGGAACUUCAUCGGGAAACAUGCGGAGGAACAUAGGGCUUGAACUUUUAGGAGCUAUAGAUUCUCGCUUGAAGUGGAAGAUAACCACCAAGGACAGGAAGAGGGCUGUAAGACGAGCUAGAACUUCAUAUUCUAGUGGGUUCAGAAAGAACUCUGCAGUCAAAGGUUCCAAAAGGAAUGAGGAUACCAAGGAUCAGUAUCUGAAGAGAGCAAGAGAUUUCUCUGUCUCCGAGUCUGAGAAGGUUGGUGUCAGCGUUCUUGGAGGACGCUUCAGUGACUCCCUCGAGAUUGUUCCCAUAAAGAAGAGGAGAUUUCUGUUAGUUAGUUCUCCAUCAUCUCCUCUGCAGUCUUCUUAUUCAGAUGAUUCUGAUCACUUGAUAGAGGGCCAGCCUCCUCCAUAUCAGAAGACAUCAGCAUAUGACAAAAAUCAUGACAAAAGAGCUGUUGCUGACUGGACCAGUAAUUUGCAUGACAUAAAUGAAGAGGCCAGUGCUGCUGCAGAUUUCUCUGGAAUUUCAAUAUUGGCUGCUGCUGCCUGUGAUAGUGAAAUAUUGAGUGACCUCAUAAAUACUGGAGGCUCAGUUUCGAAGGGACAUUCUUGUGAAGUACUUUUCAAAGACACACAAGGAGCUAAAUCACAUUCCUUGUAUGGAGAUAAGGAGCGACAACCUCAAUCUACUCAAGAUUUACAUGAAAAUUGUGAUGUAUUUACGGAAAAAUGUUCUACAUCUAUACCUGCUGAUGAUGAGGAGUACCAGGGUUCAGCAAACGAGAAAAGCUUAAUAGACCCAUUGCAAAAUGCUUCUGAUAAGAUGAGGUCAUCUGGCUCUGAUUCUAGGCUUCACUGGGAUCUUAACACUGUAAUGGAUACAUGGAAUAGCAAAUUUGAUGAAGUUGUAAUCUCUGAGUCUGAGCCACAUCCCAUUAAUCCUGCAUGUGAAAGUCAUAAUCACAAUAAAAAGCUGGAAGAUUUUGAAGCUCUUCAGCAUCAAGUUGAAAACUGUGAAAGCAGAUGUUAUACUGAAUUUGGUGUAAGCGGGGAAAAUGUGGUUGGUCUUUCAAAGGAUAAUUGUGCAUUACUUAAGUCACAGGCUUGGGAAAAACCUGAUGUGUGUAAUGACAGUUCAGUUGUUGAUCAUGAGAAAGCAAAACAGUGGUCUCUCCCUCAUUCUGAUGGUUUGGUUGAAGAACUGGAGGAUGCUACCUAUAUUUCUUUGGUCAACUCUACUGGAGAGACAAAAGUUGUGCCCAAUCAAGGGAGCGACAUCUGUAGUACCAAAGUUGUUUCUUCUGUGGUUGGAGAUGUUCUUGGUUCCUUGAGGGAUACUACCAUGGUAAUUGAAUCUGUUAGUGCAAAGGCUGAUGCAGACUCUGGCUUGGAGUUGGAAACUGCAACAUCAUUUUCUCAUUUGCCUCUUAGUUUGGAUACCAGCUCCGACUUUAAUACUCAUCCAUAUAAUUCACAUUUGAAAUUUGGCCAGUCGAUCAGUAAAUCAAUCUUCGAUGAAAAGCCAAAUGCAGUUGCAUCUAAUACUGACCAUUGCCUGCCUAAUGCUGAAGUAGAACAUCCUAUCCACAUAAACCCUUCUCAAUUUGAGAAGCAAGGACUUCUGAAUACUGAUUCAGAGAGCAGUUAUCAAUGUCCACCCCAUGCUGAAAAAACUUCUGAUCCUUUGUUUCAUAAAAGUACAUCUGAUGAAAUUGAACACUCUGAUGACAUUGAUGUCACAAACGAUCUCCAUACUGAUGGAUCCCCCAGAACAGUGGACAGGAGUUCUUGCCUAUUAAAUGGUCAUCUGCUGGGCAGCUUAGAGUCAUGUAAUCCUGAUGCAUUGCCUUCUGGAAUCACACAUGUUGGUAAAUGUGAACAGGCUACAGCACAGCUAAAUGUUGACGAUGAUAAAUGUGUUGAUCCUGUUGUUCCUGUUUCAGUUUUGGCAGGUAUGACAGAGGAUGUCAAUUUGGUAGAUGAUGCUGUGGGUACUCAGGAGCCUGGCAAAAGUUACAUGGAUUAUUGUGUAAAUUAUUCUGGUGAAGCUUCUCUCAAUGAUUGUGUACAUAAUUAUGGCUCAGGUGCAUCUCUUGCUGAUAUGGGGGAGGCCAAUGGAGUGGAAAAGGUUGACCUUCUGGGAGAUGAUGACUCUCAAUUUGAGGAUGGUGAAUUUAGAGAAUCUGUUCUGCAAAGUUGGGGAGAAGAUGGAGCUGAGGAAGGAGAAUCUGAACAUCUGGAUUAUGGAUCUGACAACAAAGAGAAUGUUGCCGUUGAAGCAGUUUCUGGUUUUCCCUAUUCUGUUUCUUUCUCUGGUGAAAGCAUGACGUGCAAAAACAGGGAUGCACCAGUUGUUGCUCAUGAUGGAGCAACUCCUGUAAUGAAUAGUGUUUUUGCUGUUUCUGAACCUCCAAUGAAGUGCUCAUCCAAAUCAACUUCUUUGGAUGCUGGAGAUGGGAAAAGAAGUUUUGUAGAUGUUGAUAGAAAAGACUGCACAGAUCAUUUCGCGGUAAACAACUGGAGGAGAAAGCAGAGAAGUGGUAGCUAUUCAUCAGUACCUGGUUCUCAUGGUGAGAACACGAUUGGACAUAGUGGAUUUCAGGAAAAGGGUGAUAAUGAUAGGGAACCUUCAGCUAGUGUGAGAAUCAAAGCUUCUGGAUGGGAUAAGUUGCCUGUAGACCAUGUGCAUACUGGAGAUAGCAUGAUGGAUGCUGGGAUUGGUUCUGUUAAACAAGGAGGUAAAUCUGGUGCUUUAGAUAUAUUUGAUGCUGACAAAUUAUUAGAAAGAUCUGGUUUGUUGUUCAGAAGAGGCUUGUCAUCUCAAGUUGAGAGGUUGAUGUCCUCGGAUGAGUCAUGUAGGAGAGAUAGGUCUUGUAUCAAGGGAUGCAGAUCUGACAGUAAUGGUGGUCUAAAUACAAAAGCUGAAAAGAACAGUGCUGCUCCUAAAUCAGCUGACAUGGGUGAAUCAUCUCAGCAUACUAAAGGGAGAUGCAGAGAUGAACAUUGGUUUGACUCUCCCAGUUAUCGUGGUCCCAAGCAUCAUGAUUCACCUGAGUACUGUGAUGCACCUAAUUAUGCUCGACCAAGCUUAAGGAACGCGGCUGCAGCUGCCGUUGCAAAGGUGGAGAGUAAUGGCUUUGUUGUUGCACCUGAUGGCACCGUAGUUAAGGCAGGUGGUGUUGGAAAUGCAGGCCCUAUGCUCAGACGAGCUGCAAAUGCUUCGGUGCAAAAUAGAUGGCGUUCACAAGCUGAGACAGAGCUUGCAUAUGGUAUGCAGAGAAGACUUGGAAAUGUAAGGAACAUGAGCCCUGACAGGCACUUCAGUAAUUCUCGGGGUCGGGCUGGUAAAUAUGGCCAUGAAAUGGCUAGGGAUCGGUAUCACAGGUCUGUGCCUGAUGGCAGCAUGGACUCAUCACUAACAAUGCACCAUCUAUCUAGUAGAGAUAGAAGCUUCUCUCCACACAGAGGACCUCUUCGUCUAUCACGUUCUCGCUCCAGAUCUCCUUCGAGAUCGAGAUCGAGAUCUCCUCAUAUGUGGACCUCUCCUAGGAGAAGGGAAAUUGGGAUGAAUGAUACCCAUGGGUUUCGCAAGCGCAGUAGGACUCCCAAAAUCAGAAUGGAGAGAAUGAGGUCACCCCAUUCACGACCUAGUUCUGAGGACUUUAUGGUAAGGUAUGGCCCCACAUCGAAAACCCUUUCUUCCCCAUUGCAUUCUUCAAGAUGGAUUGAUGAAAGGAGGGAUUCACACAAUCAUCAUAGGAAACAUGAGUACAAGCGAUCUUCUAGAAGAAGCCCAUCUAUUAAAGUGUUCAGAAAUCCUAGGCUUGACUCGAUGGAUUCACAAGGAAGAUCAAAGCCUGACAACUUCUGCCGUCCUCUGCACUCUAGCAAGAUUCCAGAGGUUGCUGUUAUGAAUAAAAGAUAUAGAUGUACCGGAAGUGAUGAUAGAAGGGGAUAUGAUGAUAGGUAUGAAUCACUCCAACCUAUGAGACGAUACAACCCUGAUAGCAAUGAGAAGCGCUUCAGAUAAGAUGUUGAGGGUGCCAGGCUCAUAAGUGCUCAUAAAUCCCCAGUGUUUCAGCAAAGUGGGAGGCCUAGGGUUUUUGGUGGGGCCAAUUUGAGUAAGUUACCUCAAGAACUAAAUGAAAGAAGGGUUAUUUUAAUUAUAACAAGAGUGCAAAUCCCCUAAAUCUGCUUCAAGUCAUUUGCAUCAAAGGUUGUGAUACUGGCUCUAGGACUGCGGUUCACAAUCUUGCUUCAGUCUGCUGGUCAUGUUGGAUUCAAGAGGAUGUGAUGAACCCAUGAAACUUUUGUCUUCUCAGAGGGAAAGAUAUCAAGUUUCACAAUUCUAGCUUGUAAAGAACAUCACGUUGUUAGUCAAAACUUGUGAUUUGUGGGCUUAAAUCACCUCCCUUUUGCUUUCACUCUAUUUAUUUCUUUCUCUAAUCUGGGCCCAUUUUGAGUGGGAUGUAUUCCCUGUCCGAGGGUCAAAGGAAUAUGAUGAAUUAACAAAGUUUGAGUCUGUGUUGGCAAUUGGGAAGCAUUUAAACCUCACCACAAAUAACUUUUGAGCACCCUUCUUGUAUCUGGAAAUCAAGCAUGCACUUUUCAAAUGUUCUUGUAGUUCAGGGCUCCUUGUAGACUUCUCCUGGAUCGCAAAAUUGCAGCAAGCAGGAUAAGUUUUUUAUCCAUAGAGCAAAGCUACUCAAGGUAAUAUCUUCCAUGAAAUUGUUUGGUAUGGUCAGCAAAAUUCUCUUGGCAGUACUGCAAAAAGCAGUUUCAAGGUGAUAUCUUCCAUGAAAUUGUUUAAUUUGGUGGUUUUACUGUGUUACAGAAACUAACUUCAUCUAGCAUUGAGUUAUGUUUCUGAUGUCAGGAAAUCUAUGAUUCACUGUCGUAGAUCAUGCACACAGAUAUUCAAGGGCAAUUUUCUUAUAGAUCCAUCUGUGUACUUCUGGAGGCCGUAGAUCAAAGUUGAAAACCACCAAGGAUCAGAGUCUUGCAAGAGUCAUGGUGGCACAUUUUGUGGUUGUAAUGAAAAAACUAAGUGAAGUUGGACUUGAGAAGAUAUAGGUUCUAAUUUGAAUCAGAAAGCAGCCACCGAGAGGGGGCAGUUGCUGUAAGAUGAUUCGAACUUCAUUUGCUGGGUAAGAAUGAAGUGCAUCAUCAAAUUUCUCAAAGGACUUGAGAAGAUAUAGGUUCUAAUUUGAGCUGCUUUGCCUCUGUAGACUUUAGUACUCUUCUGUAUUACCUCUUUCUACUGGAACUCUUUGUUUAGGAUUUUCAACAGAUGUCUGUUCUGACUACAGGGGUGGUGUAAGCAUUCUUGGAGGACAUCUAAGUGGCUCACUUAAAGUUACUCCCAUAAAGAAAAGGAGUUUUCUACUC